CCGGAACUCAUCUGAAUAUCCAUCUGUUCACACAUUUGAAGAUGCGUCGAGUUCUCUCUCGUUCAGUUCCUGCGGCGGCAGUGCGAGCUCCACGCUCCGCACCCGCCUUCUCCAUAUCUUCCCCCACUCACUGUUCCAAGACCGCAACACGCAGAUUGCACGCCACCGCCAGAUACCUGAAGCCAGCGGCAGCACUUGCAUACAAAGCCGAGAACUAUCCCACAACCCACGAGAAGAUUCAAGAUGUUCAAGAUACCCCAUGGUUUAUCAACAACCAAUUCGUCAAGUCCGAAACUACCCAGUUCAUCGACCUCCACGAUCCCGCCACCAACAACUUAGUUACCCGAGUGCCACAAAGCACCGAUGCGGAGCUCAAGGCUGCGGUUGAGAGUGCACAAAAGGCAUUUCCAGCAUGGAAAGCAACAAGUGUGAUGGCUAGACAGCAGAUUAUGUUUAAGUUUACACAAUUAGUCCGGGAGAACUGGGAUAGACUGGCUGCAAGCAUCACUCUGGAACAGGGCAAGACAUUUGCUGAUGCCAAAGGAGAUGUGCUUCGUGGCUUACAAGUCGCCGAGACUGCAUGCAACAUUCCCCAGCAAAUGACGGGAGAAUUAUUAGAGGUUGCCAAGGAUAUGGAGACUCGAAGCUAUAGGGAGCCAUUGGGUGUUGUAGCUGCGAUUUGCCCUUUCAACUUCCCUGCCAUGAUUCCGCUGUGGUGCAUUCCCAUUGCAACUGCUACCGGCAACUGUCUCAUCCUUAAACCCUCAGAACGGGAUCCAGGUGCUGCGAUGAUCUUGGCUGAGUUAGCUCAAAAGGCUGGAUUCCCAGAUGGGGUCCUCAAUAUUAUCCACGGUGCCCAUAAGACUGUCGACUUUAUUCUUGAUGAACCGGCCAUCAAGGCAAUUAGUUUUGUUGGAGGUAAUCGUGCCGGAGAAUACAUUUUCUCUCGAGGCUCAGCCAAUGGCAAGCGUGUACAAGCCAAUUUGGGAGCUAAGAAUCACGCCGCUGUCCUCCCUGAUGCAAACAAACAACAUGCCCUGAAUUCUAUCGUCGGUGCUGCCUUUGGUGCGGCUGGCCAGCGAUGCAUGGCUCUUAGCACCUUGGUCAUGGUUGGCGAGAGCAAGGAAUGGCUCCCAGAGCUCGCUGAGAGUGCCAAGAAAUUGAAUGUCAAUGGAGGUUUUGAAGAAGGUGCUGACUUGGGACCAGUUAUCUCCCCACAGAGCAAGGAGAGAAUUGAAAGUCUCAUUGCCAGCGCUGAGGAGGAAGGUGCAACUAUUCUUUUGGAUGGCCGCGGCUACAAGCCCGCCAAGUACCCCAACGGCAACUGGGUUGGCCCAACAAUCAUCACAAAUGUCAAGCCUCACAUGAGAUGCUACAGAGAGGAAAUCUUCGGCCCCGUUCUAGUAUGCUUGGAGGUGGAUUCGCUUGAUGAGGCCAUCGACCUUAUCAACGCUAACGAGUAUGGAAAUGGGACAGCCAUCUUUACGCGAUCCGGCGCCACCGCGUCAACCUUCCAAAAGAGAAUAGAGGCAGGACAAGUGGGAAUCAAUGUCCCCAUCCCAGUCCCUCUUCCUAUUUUCAGCUUCACUGGAAACAAGAAGAGUGUUGCAGGAGGUGGAGCGAACACAUUCUAUGGCAAGCCUGGGUUGCAAUUCUACACUCAACAGAAAACGGUAACGAGCUUGUGGAGGAGUGAGGACGCCAUUUCGAAGGCUGCAGAUGUGGCCAUGCCUACACAUAGUUAG